AUCUUGUGUUGUUAGAGAGAGAGAUACAACAGAAGAGGUUGACCUGCUUUAGAAAAGGGGCGUGUCUUCAGGUUUCAGUUUCACACCUGACACGUCCGUCUCCACCCCAUUUAAUCUCACCUGUCACCUCUGAAACAACAUUCGUCCUCAGUCUUGUUUGUUUUAAUUGACGGAUGUGGUCGGGUUUUCCUCCGAGAGGUGUGGAGUGCGUGUUUUGAAUGCAGUGUUGCAACCCCAAUGGCGUUGCUGGACAAACUGAGCGUGUCGUGCCAUGAUGGGACUGAAUUUUGUUUCCCACAGGUCGUCGGAAUGUUUCAAAGGAAAAAGAAGAAGAAAAGGCUGGAGAUAUCCGCACCCAAGAACUUUGAGCACAGAGUGCACACGUCGUUCGACCCGGUUCAGGGCUGUUUCGUUGGACUGCCGCCCCAAUGGCAAAGCCUUAUAGAAACCCUAAAGAGACCCAAACCUGUGGUGGAUCCAUCCAACAUCACACGUGUGCAACCCAAACCAAAGAAGAGCAUCGUGCGGGGCAGCUUCAUCGGGCACGAGGACUAUAUUUCUGCUGCGAUUGCACAGCUGAGCAGUCUGUCCGUCACCAGCUCGAACUCAUUACGUAGAAGCAGCCCAUCUGUGCGCAAACGGGCACAGUCGCUCGGGCUGCUGGCAGAAGAAGGAGAUAUUUACGAAUAUCAGGGACUGAUCAAAGCCAAUCAGAGAAACGGGCAGCCGUUCACAGACUGGAGCGCGAGGAUCGACCCAGUCCACAGAGAGAGUGGAAGUCCACGGCCCGGUUUGGAAAAAAGGUACAACUACGAUCCUGCAAAUGACAGGCCGAGAGCCAAGUCCAUCCAUGAAGCGUCCAUGUUCAUGGAGGAAGCACCGCUCAUGCCCCGGGAUAUAUUAUUCCUGCCCAGAGUUGCCCAGGAAAGGCCUGCUUUUCCUAAAACAGACGGUAUGAACAAUCAAAGGCCCGUGUCCUGUCUCUACAACACAUACAAUGUGGAUGAUGGGCCAAACAUGAGGUCGAGGGUGACCACGGGUCCACCACAGGUACAACAACCAAGGCCACAAUCCGCCUACAAUGUCAAGAUAAGUUCAGUCGGCUAUUCACCCAUUUCCAAACCCAAUGGCACUAGCAGUCCAAAACCAGGACACGGACCGGUCACCCCCCAAACCCCACGUCAUUUCCCUAAUGACUUGAUAUUUUCUCCCAUCAAAGCCACUGGAAUUCCAGCUUCUGUCCCACCAACACAGGACAGCCCGACCCAACCCAGACCCUCACCGACAGGCUCGUCUGCAAGUCCGACGGGAACCUCAUCGCCCUGUUUCAGGCCACCCCAAACACCCACCUCCAUCAUGGAGGAGCCCAAAGUCACCCACGAUCAGUUCAAAGCCGCCCUUCAGAUGGUCGUGGACAAAGGAGACCCUCGAAUGUUUUUGGAGAACUUUGUGAAGAUCGGAGAGGGAUCCACGGGUGUGGUCUGCAUCGCACGGGAAAAGCACAGCGGAAGACAGGUGGCGGUAAAAAUGAUGGAUCUGAGGAAGCAGCAAAGAAGAGAGCUGCUCUUUAAUGAAGUUGUCAUCAUGAGAGACUACAGACAUAAGAAUGUAGUGGAGAUGUACAAGAGCGCGCUGGUGGGUGAGGAGCUUUGGGUUAUCAUGGAGUACCUGCAGGGUGGCGCUUUAACCAACAUCGUUUCCGAAACCAGACUGACAGAGGAGCAGAUAGCUACAGUGUGUGAAGCUGUACUUCAGGCUCUCUGUUAUCUUCACGCUCAAGGUGUCAUUCACAGAGACAUCAAGAGUGACUCUAUACUACUGACACUCGAUGGAAAGGUAAAGCUGUCAGACUUUGGAUUCUGUGCUCAGAUCAGCAAAGACAUUCCCAAGAGGAAGUCAUUAGUCGGAACUCCAUACUGGAUGGCACCUGAAGUUGUCUUAAAGACACCGUACGGCACUGAGGUGGAUAUUUGGUCUCUGGGCAUCAUGGUGGUGGAGAUGGUAGAUGGAGAACCUCCAUACUUCAAUGAGACGCCAAUAGCAGCUAUGAAGAGACUGAGAGAUGAACCGGCACCUACUGCCAGAAAUAUAAAUAAGAUCUCGCCUGUUCUGAGAGACUUUCUGGACUCGAUGUUGACUCGUGAUCCACUGAAGAGAUCGAGCGCUUGUGAUCUCCUCCAGCAUCCCUUCCUGCUCCAGUGUGGUUCUCCUCGCUGUCUGGUUCCUCUGGUAGAACAGUACCGUAAACGCAUGUCUCGCUGCUGAGAAGAACCUCGAAAGUUCCCAACAUGAUGUGCCAGAGUUUUCCAUAAGCACUUUUGAGACUGCCGAAGAUCUUUUGAACUUAAAAACACCUUUCAGAAAUACAAUUGUGGUAUUACGAGUGAUACGAGUGAUUUAUAUUAAAAUGGAUGACUGGAGGAACACUUUAACCAGAACUUUCAUCAUUCCAGACAUUCAAUCAUUUCCAUGCAAAGAUUCCAUACAAUAAAAUGUGAUUUAUACUUCUGCUCGAAACCGUAGUCUGUACAACUUGUUAGGUUUAAUUUCAUGUUGACCUAGAAAAAAAUAUUGUUAUUGUUGUACAUUGGUGAUAAAUGUAUAUAUAUGAAGCAAAAUGUCCUUUCUUUUUAAAUUCAUAAUGUGUAUAAAGAUAGUAAAUAAUAAUAUAGUUUUACUAAUAUUGUAAGUAACAUUGCAAAUGUUUUUUUUUAAGUUGACCCAUAAAAUGUUCUGAGCUCUGCUAUAUUGCACCUACUAUACUGUCAAACAUUACGACUGUGUGUUAUUCAACAAACAAUGACUUCACAGAUCUAAAGUACCUACACGAAACCAUUAAAGCAGAUCUGUUAUUCUCGAAAUAGACAUUAUUAGAUAGCACUCUAUAAAAGUGAUAACAUUACACAGGUGCUCGCAAACCUUUACAAAUGUUGUCACUUUCCUUCUUUAGAUCCACACAAAGUUCACCAGAUGACUUGAUGUUGUAUGUGAAGUGUACAACACUCUUAAAAUAUACAGCAGGUGUCAGUAUGUCAGCUAAUCUAUUACCUGAUAAGGUUUGGUGUGAACUCAUGUAACACUUAAUGCUCUGUGUUGCAGCAAAUGGACCGACAUUAAAAGAUAUCUUUAAAUAUA